AUGUCCCAACUGAGUGUCACAAACUCCAACGCUGCUGGAGUUGACGUCCCAGACGCCAAUGCUCCGGAUGUCAACGUUGCUAGAAUUGAAGUCCCGAACGUUGAACUACCGGAGGCCGCAGUUCCAGUCGUUAACGACGCCGAUACUGUUGGGGUCGAAGUUCCAGCUGUCGAUGCCGCCGGGGACGAACCAGCCGCGCCGCUUCACGACUCGCCAGCCCCUCUGGUUCCUGAUGUGGCUGCGCCUCUGGCAUCAGUUGACCAGUGGCUGCCCCGCGCACACUGCCUGCUGAUAUUCCUGCCGUCGAGCCCGCCGAUCCCGCCGAUCAGCCCGCCGACCUUGUAG